CCUUCUGGUAGAGACAUUAGUUGCCUCCCAUUUGACGUCUCAAACAUUUUGUCAUUUGACUGCUUCAGAUUUGUGGUGCGUUGGAAAUGAUUACAUUAAGUCGAGUGUAUUUUUGUUUCACUACGACUGAAAUAGUUGAUGCACCGAUAAUCAACGUGACCUAAGACAGAGGAGCGAGCAACGGCAAGAACUUGGUUCGAGUCUUCUGUAGCUAGUGUGGGAGCAUGUCCUGGCACAUCUCUCUCACUGAGGCAGCAGGUUAAUCAGCCAGCUUUAGCUGUUUGUGUAUCAGAUGUUUGAAAUUUACAGCCCAUGAUGUUUGUCAGGGCUCAUACUGUGGCUGUGCUGAGGAGGUUUCUCUUUCCAGCUCCCACACUUGUGAAAUAUCAUGCCUCCAAUCCGUCCAAGUCGUUCAUCACCUCCACAUCCUGCUCAGCUCUUAGCACAAGCCGAGCCCUGAGUACUGGCUGGACUUUGAAAAAGGAUGCUCCUGAGCAUAAACCUGAGCUUGACUUGGAUGUAUGGAAAUCAGUGAUGAGAUCCCAGGCAUCGCAAAAUGAGAAACCCAAGGACGGAGAAGAAGAAACCACAGCUGCUGAAGAAGAAGAUGAAGAACGCAGCUCUCCAGUAGAGGCGAGCCGUACGCUGGUGGACAUGUGGCGGCAGGCUGGAAAACAAGUCCCUGAAAACAUUACAGAUGAGCAACUGGAGACGCUUGCAGAACUCACCACUAAGUCCUCCAAGAGGAAGUACCUCAAGUACCUGGCUAUAAAAGAGGGCCAUAAGAAGGCCAACAAAGAGAAAAAGGAAAAGAAGAGGGCUGAGAGGUUGGCGGAAAUGAACAAGGAGGAGGAGGGACGGGCUGACAGGCUGGAAGACGCAGAAGAGGAAGGUGAAGGAGAACUCAAAUUCAAAAACACAUACCUGCUGCAAUUCUGGACUCGUUCCGUAGACAGAGCGUUAGGCUGGAGAGCGGCGCAGGCCAUGCAGUAUGGCCAGCCGCUGGUCUAUGAUAUGAGCUAUGACCAGCACAUGACGAGGCGCGAGAUGGAGAACACGAUCUCCCAGCUAAUGGAGACUGAAGGCUGGAACCGGCGCUCUGUAGACCCCUUCCAUUUGCACUUCUGCAACCUGCAGCCAGAGGGUGCUUACCAGCGGGAGCUCCUCAAACGCUACGGCCAAGAGACAUGGGAUCGUCUUUUCAUCACCGCUACCAGCCAGCGUCACAUAGACGUUUUUCCCCGGGAGGACCUCGUCUACCUGACCGCUGAUUCUCCCAACGUGCUCCACACCUUCGACCACAGCAAGGUGUACAUCAUCGGAGCCAUGGUGGACCGGUCCAUCCAGUCCGGCGUUUCUCUGGCCAACGCCAAGCGCCUCAAGAUAUCCACGGCACGUCUGCCUCUGGACGAGUACCUGCACUGGGAAAUCGGGGCCAAGAACCUGACGCUGGACCAGAUGAUCCGCAUCCUGAUGACGGCCAAGGAGACAGGCAGCUGGAAGAAAGCUCUGGAGUUUGUGCCCAAGAGAAAACACGACGGCUUCCAUCAGCAAAGAAGUAAAGACAGUGUCCAAAGAACAGAGAAAGCCAGUAAGCCAAUGGGCGCAUUCAGAGCGAACGCAGAGGGAGAACGCAGCCAAAUAUUUGUGAGUAAACAGAGACAGAAGAACCUGAAUAGAAGUAGUGUUGCAUCUAAACCGACGUUUGGAUCAGAAAACAUAUCUGGACAGAGCAGACUGCGGAUUGCACUGAAAAGCAAACUAGAGGAACGCGGUAAAGUAGCGAGUAAAAGAAACUGGUGGGAGGAAGAGUAGCCUUAUAACACCAGUGACUUAUUCCCCCUUAAGGAACUGCCUUUGUCUACUGAAUGUGAUGUUUAACAAAUAAACAGUUUAAUUAUUGCUGUGACUGGUUCAGGUCAUGAUGUCAAACCAUCAACCAAAUACUACUCAUAUUACAUGGAACUUUGUCUUCGAUGCAGCAGACUUCUGAUACUAAACACUGCUCUGUAAGAAAGUCUCAAAAAUGUGACUAUUCUGCAGGAGAACCUUGAAAUCAAAAUGUGAAGUUACAGUGGCAUGUAUAGAAUUUUAUAAUUCCAAGAUGAAAUGAAAUAUCAAAUUAUUGAAAAGCUGUGACAAGUUUUGUUUUGUUUUCUACAAUCAGCCAGCAUUUAAUUGGUGCAAAAUUCUGACAAGAUAAUUAUAACCAACUCUCACACUGUAUUGUGGUCAUUUCAGAAAAUUACAAAAUGUACAGACGUUUGAAAUGUUUCACAAACAGAGAUUCAUUUCAGAAAUGAAAUGACACAUAUUGCACCCAAUUCAUUAGAGCAGGUUCAACACUAUUAUCCACGGCUUUCACAAAUACUGCCUGAAGUACAAACCGCUCAUCUAGUCCUGUUUCAGCAUGGACAAAUAAACAAGCACUGCGUGGCUUGUUAGCUUUCACCCAAAACAAUUCCCGACAAUCAAGCACACAGAUACACCGAUAUACAUAUGAUAAGAAAUUCAGAUUUCUGGAAAUUCAAAAACAAAAA